AUGGAUGACAUGUUUUCAGGUGAUUGGCUGUUCGCCGGACUUCUUGUAGCAGUACAUGGUCUUCUGGUCACGAUCGUGUAUCGCUAUCAACCUGAGCCAUAUAUGGAUGAGAUAUUCCAUGUUCGCCAAACCAGAAAGUAUUGUAAUGGCAACUGGAGCUGGGAUCCAAUGAUCACUACUCCACCCGCACUUUAUUUGCUCAGCAUGCCAUUUUGUGGUAUGGAGAGGUACAUGAACAGUAUCCUCACUGGCCUAACCUUUGUCGGAUGUUGUAGAUUUCGGAGACUAUUUCUUAAGGAGUCAGUACACUCAUCGGCUUUUGUGGCAGUCUUUUUCCCGGUACUGUUCCACACUUCGGUACUUUUCUACACGGAUCUGCUCUCCGUAUGUACAGUUGUUUGGGGUUUCUCGUUGAACUCACCACUAUCGUCAUCUCUGACAUUUGGGUUAGCCGCUCUCACACGACAAACAAACAUUAUCUGGGCUGCACUCAAUGCAGCUGUACGUCUCGCUGAAGACGUCGACAUAUCCCGACCAUUUUCCUCCAUUCUCCGUUCACUGUUAAGGCUCACGUCAUUCGUUGUUCUAGGUGGUUCUUUUUGUCUUUUUGUACUCAUUAAUGGAGGUGUUGUUUUGGGUGAUGUACCUGCUCAUCAUCCUCGUCUUCACCUUAUACAAUUUCUUUAUUUUGCCCUAUUCACAGCUAUACAUUCUUGGCCGCAUUCACUUCCUCUGAUUCAAAGACUUUUGUCCGAACUUUUUAGUCCUUUCUCCGUCUUCUUAGUCAUACCUGUUGCGCUGUCUGCCGUGUACUUUGCUUAUGAUCAUCCUUAUCUUCUGGCCGAUAAUCGUCAUGUCACAUUCUAUCUCUGGAGAUGGUGGUUGUCUUAUCCGCGUUGUCGCUUGUUAUUAACUCCGUUGUUCGUUUGCUCCCUCAUUUAUAUCCGUAAAUUGUCCAUUCAUCUCUCUCCGCUUGUACGGAUAUUAUUUGUGCUUUGUUCUUUUCUUGUAAUCGUGCCAGCUCAUCUAAUAGAGCCACGUUAUUUCAUCGUACCAUUUGUGCUGUGGAGGUUAUCCGCGAAAUUGUCGUCGAAUAGGCUGUUAAUACUGGCGGAAUUGCUGACGGAACUAUUAAUAUUUGCUUCAGUAUUUUUACUUUUUCUUUUAAAGCCUUUUGAAUGGGCUAGUGAACCGGGUGUGAAACAACGGUUUAUGUGGUAA